UCGAAAUACAUGACUAUACUUCACUUCGCUUCUGACUUUUGUACAACAACACCUUAAACCGUACUGUAUCGCAAUACAAUAGAGUUACCGUGAAUAGUGUUAUAAUUUCGAGUCUUAUUUUUCAAUAAAGUGUCGGUGAGUGAUAUUUCAAAAAAACGUAUAGUGUUAAUCAAGAUGGUAGGUUCGAUGGUCGAUUACGCGGUCGUCGGCAAGAAGAUCAAGCAUGCAACUCCUGCACCUAAUAAGCUCAUCAGUUCUUCAUCUUUCGUGAUAGACUUUGAUGCGCGCAAAUUUUUGAACAUAGGACUCGAUCCUGCCGACGACUUCAACGUUGCGGUGCAUAUCAUCACCAUGAAACAUUUUAUCAGUGUCUCAUCCGAGUUGUUUGUCAGGAUAUUCCCACUAAUGAACGAUAUUAUAUCGUUUUUAUCGGAAAAACCGGUAAAGUGCAGACAUGCUUUUUUCAUGACCACCGCGUGUACAUCGAUAUCUUGUAUGGUGCAUCGCGGAAAAAGUGUGCUCAGCAUUGAAUCUACAGUUCAUGAAGGUCAGCGUGUAAUGCUCGAUCGAGACGAUCUCGUAGUAUUGAAACGGCUAGAACGAUCCAUUUCGGAGACGAUUAUCCGGAACGUUGAAGUAAUCAAACCCGAGGUUAUCGAUCAGUUCGAUCGAUUAGUGGCGAGCAUCGAUGACCGAUUUAGCAGAAUCGAUUUGUCACCACCACCACCACCACUAUCUUCGUCGUCGUCGUCGUCAUCGUCGUCGUUACCGCCGCCGAAUAACCCGGGUGCAAUGAUUUCAUUUAUCGAAAAUCUCGCAGAUGAGAGGGUCAGACCUAUAUCGAUAUCGGUGCGCUGCGGAAUAGAUUUCACCGUACCACUUCAAAUAUAUGCGGCCGAGCAGUUGGCAAAACAGUGGGAUUUGCUGAGAAGGAGGAGGAGUAGUAGUAUAAGAGCAUCGACUAAGAGGUGUGAUGAAUGUAAUGGUGAUCGGAUAUCGUUAGCGAGGGCAUCGUUAGCGAUCGACGUGAAUAACAGCGAGGAACCUCAUACACCACACUUAACCGGGUAUGCCGCGAUGAUACCACCACCACCACCACCACCAACACCACCAUCACCACCGUCCGUACCGUGUUAUUCACCGUCGAUGGGGUCCUCGGACUAUUUGCACGAGAGUGCCACUCUGGAUGUCAACGACGGACCCGAUUUCUUUGCUCGACACCAACCUAUAUCAUCGGUUAUGGAUUUCGAUACCGCGGUAUCGGAAAUGUUUUGGAUACCGAAAUGA